AUGGCAGUAUUAGAUGCAUUCACAACCGGCGAUCAGGCCGUCGAAGCCUUCAAAUCUCAGGUCAAGGGACGGACCUUUGUCAUCACGGGUGCUGGCAUGCCAAGCAUUGGGAGCCAAAUGGCCAUUUCACUUGCGAAAGCCUCACCUGCACAUAUUUUGAUCGUGUCGCGGACGGGAAAGAAGGUCGAUCCGGUGCUCGAGAAAAUCGCCGAGAUCGAUAGCUCCAUUAAGACCACGUUUAUUCAGGUCGACCUAACAGAUCAUGAUUCGGUACGGAGAGCAGCCAAGGAGAUCCUAGCCGCGACACCCAAAAUAGAUGUACUCAUCAACAGUGCUGGGAAUAUGGCUAUUAAGGAGUACACCGUUGACAAACAGGGCAUCGAGAUUCAGCUAUCAGGCAACCAUGUCGGCCACUUCUUGCUGACGAACCUAAUCGCGCCCGCCUUGAUAGCUGCUGGGUCCCAGCUUGGUGGAGCCCGUGUCGUUAAUCUGACUAGCUUCGGCUACCUCUGUAGCCGCUUUCGUUUCGAUGACUGGAAUUUCUCAAACGGAAAGACCUACGACCUGUGGUCGGGUUACGGCCAGGCCAAGACGGCCAACAUCCUAUUCGCCUUUGGUCUAAGCAAAAGGCUUAAGAGCCACGGCGUCACGUCGACAGCUGCUCAUCCCGGUUCCAAUGGUGAUACCCAACUAGGUAGCCACCUAACCAUGGAUGACUACGCUAAGAUACCUGAGGUUAUGAGGCGCAAUAUGGGCAAAGAAUGGGAAUGGGAGACACCUCGAUUUAAGACAUUCGAUCAGAUCUCCUCUACUUCGCUCGCUGCUGCUCUGGACCCAGAUAUCCCCGCUAAGUCACCGGCAUACUUAGUGAACUGUCAUCCUCACGAGGUGGCUGAACAUGCGAGCGACCCUGAGGCUGUUGAAAAAUUGUGGGAGCUGAGUGAGGAACUUGUUGGACAGAAGUUUGAGUACUAA